AUGGCUAAAUCGACCAGCAUUCUGUUCAUCCUUCUCGUAUCCGUUUUCCUGUCGCUGGAGUCAUGUAACGUGCUCAAUGGUAGCGUUGCCGGCCUGAUUUGCGCCGGUCUACUAUUGUUCAAUUACAAGUCAACGCAGUUCAACUGGCAGGGGUUUUUGAUGACCGAGGCUGCCGCACUGUGCUGUGGUGUUCGAUGGGCGGUGUGCCAGAAGUUGGUGCAGAGAGACGUCCGAGGCAUUUACAGGUUACCAGUUGCGAUGAUAUCAACGCAGCCGUGGAUGAUUCUCGGUAUCCUGCCGCUGUGCCUUUAUUUUGAAGGCAAGAGGCUAUCGCUGCUGCUUGCCUCGCCGGAAGGACAUGAAUCGUUGUACUUGUCAAGGACGUCACUUCUUAUAUGUUUUGGCGGCAUGCUGGCAACGGUGAUGGAACUGACCGAAUAUCUCUUGCUUCUUUAUACCUCCAGUCUGACGCUCAGUAACUUUCAGGAAGUUGUUACACUGGUAAUCGCUUAUUAUUACAAAGGCGACAUCAUGUCGGUGAUGAAUAUUGUCGGUUUGGUCAUGUGCCUGAGUGGAACUCUUCUGCACGUUGUUAACAGGACUAGAAUGGAAAGACAUAAAUCGGCACGGAACGCUGAACACAGAUCAGAUUGCCUUCGCGAUCUUCACAAGACUAAAGACUGGAGCGCUCAUAAAAUACGGAGGAUCUAG